AUGAAGAUCAGCAAGAUCAUCGCAUUCCUGGCCGUUGCGUCAUUGACGGUGGGCUCCCUCGCGGACGCCUCGGUCGCGCGGAAGCUUGGAGGGGGUGGGGGUGUUUCGUCCUCGACUACGACCUCGUCGCUCUCGAGCGACGACACGUACACCUCGACGACCCAACAGAGCGGUGACUCGGCCACCCAGCAGAGCACUGCGACCACGACGACGACAACCACACCGGCCACCUCAACUACGGGAUCUGCAACCCAAAGCUCCAACAUUCACCAGAGUGGUGUAUCGGCCGACACCCCGUGUGCAAGUGGAGACUCUGACACCGACAACAACAAUUGGACUGGGAGUGUGACAGCUGCAGGGCAGCAGUCGCAAUGGGGACCAACCAGCACUACCCACGGCGGCGAAUCGGCGGAGACGCCGUGCUCGGGCAACCAGAGCUCCACGGGCACGUGGGACCAGUCGACCGAGACCACCUCCAGCUCCAAGGGUGACAAGCAGCAGCAGGGGCAGUCGGCCCAGACGACGGUGUCGGGCUCCGUUGGUGUGGACAUCACGGCGCAGGGCCAGCAGGGCCAGUCGUCUGGAACCUUGGGUCAGUCGACUAAGUCGUCUACUCAGCAGGGCCACACUUCGCGGAGUUCUGUGUCGGCCUCUAUUGGUGUCAGCAUUUCCGGAAAAGGUGGUAACUCAGUAGAGACUCCGUGUUCCGAAGACCAGAGCUCCACCGGCACGGGGGGCCAGUUGACGAAAUCUUCAAGCGGCCAAGGCCAUGGUUCGACCGGCACUCAGGGGCAGUCGGCGCAGACCUCUAUUAAGACCAGUGGCAAGAAGCAACGGCAGUGGGGAGCGUCGGUUGGGACCUCCGUGUCAGGCUCGAUUGGUGCGAACGUAUCGGGUCAAGGCGGUGACGCUGCAGAAAUCCCGUGCUCUGGUGACCAAAGUUCGACAGGUGCGACUUCAUCCUGGACUACCCCGGACUACAAGCACGGUGUGUUAGCCGGCUCGGUCUCAGCGACCACUGAGACUCUCUCCGCGGAUUCCACCAGCCCUGGUGCUACUAAGACCGCUGCUCCGACAACAACCUCGACCCCGGCGACCACCAGUGCUACCAAGGCAGGCAAACUGGAGUCUCGGCCAAGACGGCGUCAGCUACUUCGUCCGGCACCUCGUCGGCUGACUCGUACGCGGACUCGACUACGCAGCAAUCGGCCACCCAGUCCCGUCGUGCACUUCGCACUAAACACACUUCUCGUUGGAAAGGAGGUGGAGCCAUUUUGCGGCGUGGCGAUAGUAUGA